AUGGUAGCCUGCCGAACAGCUGGAGGAAGGGAAGUGACUGCCCCUAAAAAACGACAGGGAACAAAAAGGCCUAAAAAAAAAAAAAACAAAAAAAAAAAAAAAAAACAAAACAAAACAAACAAAUCACCAGAGGGAGAAAAAAGUACCGAUAUUACCUCUUUUUACCUCUUUACCUUCUACUUUUCUCCCUUUUCCUUACGUUCAUCCUUUUCCUUCACCGGAUUUCCACCCUGGGAGAUACUCACUAUCCCCUGUCCACCUUUCGAACGUGUUUUCUUUCAUCCACCAAAAAUAGGUUUGAUAGUAUUAGAUUUUUGCGCGGACGUACACACACUACUAACUGAUUUAACGCGGCAGUUUCAUAUUUUACCUUCUAGCUUUGUCUUUCGACUUCAUUAUUGCUUAGUUAAGGGGGAAUGGUAG